UGCGUUUCACCGAUCACGGCGAGAAUUUGCUGGCGCACGCCGCACCCAUUAGCUUGCAGAAGGAGGCAGUUUCCCCCGCCUAUCACUUCCGCCUCACCGCCAAAGUAUGCCACACUGAACACUAUUACAGCUAUUACAGCUGUUGACAUCUGCUCCACAGAGGUCUUCCACGUCUGGUGGAGAUCAUUCCUCAGGAGUCAGGAGCCUUGGGCCAGACGAUUCUUUCGUGCUUUAUAUCACCGUGAAUGGUUGUCCUGCACUGAGGCUCUCUUUCCUGGGCGUGCUUUCAGGCCCUGUUCAGUUGCAGCAGGGCUACCUAGGUGGUUUGUGUAGGUGGGUUGUGAAACAUCUGUUUCCCACUGUUGUAUUUGCUAACGGCGUAUAUGAUAUAUCUAGUUUUCACGCUCUGCUGUAAUGUUGUGGCAUAAUGCCUCAUUUCAAGUCCUUACAUUGGGACAAGAGAGGAGGUGACUAUUCUCUCACGUUAGGAAUAGAGAGGAGGAGACUCUGCUCCCUCACCUUGGGAGUAGAGAGUGGGAGACUGCUCCCUCAUGCUGGGAGUACAGAGGAGGAGAGUGCAGCAGUCAGUUGCCUACUCAGUAAGGAGCUGAGUCUGAAAAAGUGAGUAGACUGUACAGUACUCUGACACUGUAGCAAUGUAUGAGAGCGACUACGACCAAACCAUGCUUUAUUUUCCUCUUUUUCUUUUUAUUCUCCUCCUUCCUUCGAAAGGGCGACAACCUUGAGAUAUUAACCAUAUUAUCAUCGAACUGACCGGCCCUAGGUUAUUCAGAAUAAUUGUAGCAAGUAUUUCACUCAUCUGCUUCCAGUGGAGUUUGAACUUGAGUCUGUAUUUCAACAGCUAAGGGGUGUACCGACUGAGCUAUGCCAAGCUGGUGCGGACCAUUCUUUAUUUUGGUAGUAGACUUUACAGUAGUCUUAGGCGGCCAAAAAGUUGAGAGUGUGCAAUAUUGUUGUUGUUCCAUAGAGAUUGUUGGGAGGGCUUAGGGAAUUGCUCUUGCGAAUGAGAAAUAAUGACCUGACCUUGUCAUCGAAACCACAAAGAAAGGGCGGUUCUCAAGUCAAGUCGUGAUAAUGGCCACAAAGUGAUAACGAGGAGCCAGACAACGUGGAGAAGUCCGAGGAGGUGGGGUUGGAGGUGGAGGUGCUUCUACUACGACACACAGUCAGGUAGGGCAGUUAGUCGACUGACCGAGCCAUGCUAACACGCAGCAUUGUUUGAUGGGUUCCAUUGAAUGAUCUGUUUCUUCUUUAUUUUCUCUUUUUUUUGGGUGACAUUUGCAUGACUCCUGACAAACAUCUGAUGAUGAAAGGUCCCUUGACCAAGAGGAGGGAGAAUACUGGACUCUGAGAGUCACAAGGAUAGAGAGGCUAGACAUUGGAGUGGCUUCUGGUUCUAAAUCGGGAGGCUUGCCUGCAACUUCUGCUACUGAAUUUGAACAUUGAGGAGCAAGAGGAAGAGGAAGCGGAAGAGGAAGAGGAAGAGGGAGAGGUGGAGAGGCAAACAUCACUGUAACUGCUGCUGUGAGCUCUCUGGAAGCACUUGGAAGAGUGUUGUCAUAAUGUGGCAGUGUCCGAGUUGUAAGCAUGAUUACGACACCUUGAAGCAUUCACCGCGCAUCCUGCCAGCAUGUGGACACUCCUUCUGUGAGGCAUGCCUCCUAUCAACUCUGCAGAAUGACAGUGUUCUUCGGUGUCCCACAGAUGGUCGUAUCUCCAGACUCGGGCCACAGGGAGUUGGUGGACUGGUUCGCAACAUGUCGCUGUUGGAAGUCACCAAUGAGGCACACAAAGACCAGCAGGCCGUGGGUGCCCCGCAGUUGCGGCUUUCUCUUUGGAUUGAUGCUGACAGGUUAGAGCUUGGGGAGAAGAUUGGAGCCGGUGAUUUCGGAGAAGUACGGCUUGGGCUAUUGCAGGAGGGUGGGCGGAGCGUUGAAGUUGCUGUCAAGUGCCUGUUCAAGUCGUCGUUGCCUACAGCAUGUGAAAUCCAGACAGAAUCUCGUUCCGAGAAAGACACGGAUGAGGCAUUCACGAAGGAAAUGGAGAUGUUAUUCUACGUGUCAAAGCACUGUGCAUUUGUCUGCCAAUUGAUUGGAAUCUGUCGGAAGGAUGGCCGAUUGUGCAUCAUCAUGAAGAAAUACAAGUGCUCACUGAGGGCUCUUAUGGAAAAGCAAGGCGGUCGAUUGGAGUUGAAGCCACUGCUGCGGUAUUGCACGCAUAUCUGCCGAGCGAUGGCCGAGCUACACAAAAUGGGUGUUCUCAUGCGUGACCUGAAGCCAGAGAACUUCUUGGUGGAUGAUUAUGACUUUGCCGUGAUUGCAGACUUCGGUCUUUCCAAGUUCCUCCACCCUCGUGGCAUCGGCAACAAUACGAAGUGCAUGGAAAUAGCUGGCACGCCAGUUUACAUGGCUCCAGAAGCAUGGGGGCCAGAUUCACUGCAUAAGGAGACAGAUGCAUGGAGUUUUGCAUGCUCUGUGAUCGACAUGUUUGUCGGUAAGCCACCGUGGAGUCAUCUUCCCGAUACGUAUUCCAUUCGCACUCAUGUUGUUGACCUUGAGAAGAAGCCAGAGAUACCCGUUGGGCUGCCAAUUGAAGUUGCGAGCGCAUUGGAGAAAUGCUUCAGAUAUUCUUGGAGAGAAAGACCGAGUUUCGUUGAGCUCCUUGGAAUCUUCCAACAUGCUGUUGAGGGUUCUGGUCCUUCGUCCCUGACUGCCAAGGAGGGUUUGAUGCUUCAAACAAAGCUAACAAUGCCAACCCCGGACAGGAUUUUGAUCGGCUCAUGUGUGCGAAUCAAAAGGACUGUCAAUUCCUUGGUGAAUGGCUGGCCACUCGGGGACCAUGCCCCACUCAUGCAUGAUUGUGUAGGAAUUCUGAAAGCCUUCACAGAGGAUGGAAAUGCGCUUGUCAAUUUCUCUUUCCAGAUGGAACCCUUGGUCCUUCAUCCUGCGGAAAUUGAGGUAGCCCCGUCGUUCCGCGAGGGUGACUUCGUCAAAAUCAAACCGUCAAUUGUGAAACCGCGAUAUGGUGGCUGGGACAGUGUAACACGACAGGAACUUGGGACCGUCAAAGUAGUUGAUCAAGACACUGGAAAACUGCUCGUGCAAUUUGAGGACAAGUCAAACAAUCAGUUUGCCGACCCCGGAGAAAUGGAAAUUGUGGAGCGUCCCUUCAGGAAGGGGGAUUGGGUUAGGAUGAAGCACUCAGCGGUGAAGUUUCGGACCGAUCUGAAAGGUGUGAGCACAUCAAGUCUGGGAAUUGUGCAGGCUGUCGAAUCAGAUGGAGGAAAGGUAAAGAAACUCAAGGUAGAUUUCUGCUUCUACCAAUCUGGCGUGCUUGUCGCAGAUCCGGAUGAGAUGGAGAGAAUCGACCCUCCACCCUUUUGCGUAAAUGACCGUGUGAGGGUCAAAGCGACAGUCGUUGAACCACGAUUUGAGUGGGGUGGAGAAGGACAUGGAAGCAUUGGUCCAGUUGCUGAAAUUCGUGGUGAUGGGCUACUCAAGGUCCAGUUUUAUGACCGGUCUGACCUUUGGGUGGCAGACCCUGCUGACAUGGAGGUCGUCUGUGGAGCUCGAGCAUUUCGUCCAGGCGACUGGACAUCAGUCAAGAGAUCUGUGAUUGAGCCCAAGUACAAGUGGGGAAUCGCAAACAAGAGCAGCAUAGGCAUCGUUCGCAGGGUGCGUGAAGAUGGAGAGUUGGAAGUGAACUUCUGCUUCCAGGCAAACCCAUGGCUUGCCGACCCAGGCGAUAUGGUUCUGUUCGACCCCCCCCCUUUCCGCGUCGGAGACUUGGUAAAGGUGAGGAAGACCGUCAUGGAGCCGAGAUAUAAGUGGGGGGGGGUAACCCAUGAUAGUGUUGGGCCCAUAGUGAGAAUCAGAGACAACGGAAGUCUGGAAGUGCAGUUCCCCAACCGUGCAAAGCCAUGGUUGGCAGAUCCAGGGGAUAUGGUAGUUGUACCUCGAACGUUUCGAAAAGGUGAUUGGGUGCGUGUCAAGAUGUCAGCUUGGAAGAGUGUGGAGGCUGAUAUGGCGGAAAACUUCAAGGACAGACAGGCCAGCCUUGGAAUCGUGCAGGGUGUAGAAAAUGGGAGGGUGAACGUCAGUUUCUGUUGCACAGAACUUCCUGUUGCUCUGGAGCCUCCUUUUUUGGAGCUUGUAGAACCCGAGCCAUUCAGGAUAAACGACCAGGUGCAGGUGAAGCCGGAAGUGAAGGUGCCGCGCUACAAGUGGCAUGGAGAAUCACAUGAGAGCAUGGGGCCUAUCAUCGAUAUCACUGAGAGUGGCUUAUUGAAAAUCCAGUUCCCACAUGGAAGUGGCAUCUGGCUGGCUGAUCCUGCAGACAUGCAUGUGGCACUGCCCGCAAGGCCGUUUCACGUUGGCGACUGGGUGGCUGUUAAGCGGACGGUGAUGGAGCCUCGCUUUCGGUGGGGAUCAGUGAAACACUCCAGUAUAGGCAUUGUACAGGUGGUGAGGGAGAAAGGGGUCCUUGAGGUAGCCAUGUGCUCACAAAUGAAGUUGUGGUUUGCUGACCCGGCUGAUAUGGCACUCUAUGACCCGCCUCCUUUUGCGAUUGGAGACCAGGUGAGAGUGAAAGCAAGUGUGAAAGAGCCUAGGUUCGGUUGGGGAGGGGAGACUCACAUGAGUGUGGGGCCAAUUGUGAAUACAAGGCAGAAUGGGUGCUUGGAAGUGCAGUUUUAUAACCGGGAGGACGCGUGGCUUGCAGAUCCAGCCGACAUGGAGGUCGUUCUCCGGCAUCGGCCCUUCCGCAGAGGCGAUUGGGUAGGGAUCAAGCGCACAGUGAAAAAGCCAAAGUAUGAUUGGGAGAACGUGGCAAAGACCAGCAUUGGCAUAGUGUCCGGCGUCCGAGGUGACGGAGGAGUAGAAGUGGAGUUCUGCUUCCUCAAGAGACCUUGGUUUUCCGACGCUGCAGACUUGGCGCUGUAUGACCCACCGCCAUUCAAAAUAGGAACCAAGGUGAGAGUACGAUCUUCAGUGAAGGAGCCAAGGUUUCACUGGGGUGGGCUAUCCCACAUGGACAUCGGAACAGUUGCUGGAGUAAGAAGAAAUGGGUUGUUGGAGGUGCAAUUUGGAUCACGGAGAGAGCUCUGGGCUGGAGACCCUGCGGAUAUGGUGGCUGUUGUGGAGAAAGCACAGCCAGAAGAGAGCACGCUGAAGGCAUAUCGAUGGGCCAGAACCAUGAGCGCGAAUCUAGGCUCCCUGAGUGACAUGAUAAGAAUAAGGAACAACCGAUUAUCCCGUUUUUCUCGGAACAUGACCACUGCUGUCGUGUUCUUCUUGUUGUAUUGGCUGCGGGGGAAAGUGCUUCUCUUUCUUCUCUAUGUCUUUUCCCUGUACCUAAUUUUCUUCAGGUAAAGAUUUUUUCAUUGACUUUCCGUGGGCCUUGUCAAAUUCUUCGUCUGUUAGUGUUCAUCCACUUUCCGUUGACCUCAUCGUCUUCAAGUAAAGGUGUACUACAUCCAUGAGUGUUUGAGCUAGUGUCAUUCAGAUAUCACACCCCGGGAUUGUACUUCGGUAACUGCUGCCAAACUUUUUUGUUUGCUUACGUUCUUUUUUCUUUCUUUUUCGCUCCUUUCUUUCUUUUCAAGCUGAGCUUCUUGUUCUCAUAUUCUGUAUGCCCCAGAUUGCGCUACAAUAUGACUCAGUACUGGCGCAGCAGGCUCUCGCAACUCGCUAGCCUUCCAGAACAGGGCUAGGAGUCCAGAACUGUAGGCCGCGGAAUCCGGAGGUCGUUCGUUCGUUAUCAGAUGGUAAUAUGAAUCGCUCAAGACAGUUGCCAUCUGAUUUCCUACACGCAAGUCGACUGGAAGAUGGGAAGGGCAUUUGCGCUACAUGGGUAGGAAAUCAGAAACCUUAGGAGGAACCUUUAACGAACUGCUCGAGUCAUUGGCACUCAUUGUGAAGUUGUGAACGGUUGAGAAUCACACUCUUUGUUGGUACCUGUAACCCAGUACCUCGUUUUGAGGGCGGUCCGGACAUCCUAACAUGUCCAGGGGCAGCUGCAAACUUGACAUUGACUGGCUAUUGAAGAGGUGACCGGUGGUCUGUACCAUUGCUUGUUAGAGAACUGUAGAUUAAUGUCGUCCUCAAGAAUUAAGAGCAGAGAACACACAUGCUGUGUGUGUGUGUGUGUGUGUGUGUGUGUGUGUGUGUGUGUGUGUGUGUGUGUGUGAGAGAGAGAGAGAGAGAGAGAGAGAGAGAGAGAGAUGGAUGAGAGGGAGGACGAAGGAGAAAGUGGAGGACAGCAAAUGCCACUGUGCAUUUGAAAUAGGCAAAACUGGGUGUCAAUUCUGUUGACAAAGUCAUAGUUCAGUGCGGCCCUGGCCUGUUUACCAUGUAACAGUUCAGUCAUGGCUGAGAGCACGUAGACUGCACAGGCAAAUCUGAUUAUGCAGAGUGGCGAUGGCCUGUUGCAGGCCAUCAUGCAGCGGAGAGAGAGUGUAAGAAUUUCAGAUCAGAGUAUUAUCACUUGGCCAGCAUGCUUCUCAGCCAUGGCUCUGGGAUAGUGUGCAAAUUGAUCAGUCAGUGUUAGGUGAUGAGAAGGCCGGUUUGUGAUGCGGUUUUCCUGCAAAUGCUGCAGAUUCGUCGAGUGCUCAUGCAGACGAGGUAAACUGGACUGAGAGUACCUCUUGCUACUGUACCCAACAGGACUCAAAACUCUUGAUCUGUUUAUCAAUAGUUACAUAUUUGUCGCAUUCACCCACAAGGCAGGUAUGAGAAGUAGAACAUCCUUUCUAUUGGUAGUACCAUGGUAAACAGAGCGGGUCGGAUCAUCAAAUACAAUACAGCCACCUGACAUGUUCGUUGGAACAUGCAGUCGACUGCUCAUUGGGAGAACUGGGAGAGGUCAAGUUUUCGUGAAGGUGCCCCACUGUUAAUUGCAUGGCUCAUGCUGCGGGUUACACUGAUUAGAUUAGAGCCGGUUCACUCUUCAGCACAAAAUCUCUGCAUUGAAUUAUGCAAAAAAGUGAAAUAAAUGUAACGACCAGGU